CUGAACGUCAGCAUUGCUCUUUGGGCUCUGCACGCUGUAGGGGGCUGCGCUUUCUCCCCGUAACGGAGCGGCACAUCUCCCGCCGGCAGCAGCAGCGCAGCAGCCUCUCUCCGUGUGCGCCGAUGCAUUCUCCCUCCUCUCCACGCUUUGGGCUGCGCGCGGCGGCUGCCUGCACGCCCGGGGAGGUGGAGCAGCGCUCCGCUCUGCAGCAGCAUCAUUGCAUCCUCACCCAGCGCAUCCCGCUGGGGACCGGCCCUUGGGAUCGGGAUACGGGGACCGACCCUUGGGUCGGGAUCGGGAUACGGCAGCGAGGUGAUGCUGCCCUGGCGCCGCAGCAAGUUCGUGCUGGUGGAAAACGAGCGUAAGUGCAAAGGGAAAAGCUUGGGGCCAGGGUUGGGCUAUGCCUCGCUGCUGGCCGGGUUCCUGCGCUCCUGCCCCGAUUUGUUGCCCGAAUGCCCGUUGGAGAGGUUGGGUUCGGUGUUUGGCGGCCGGCGGCAGAAAGUGGAGCUGAACAAGGAGGAUCCCACCUACACCGUGCGCUACCUGGGUAAUGCCGUCACGCUGCACGCCAAAGGAGAGGGAUGCACCGAGGAGGCGGUGGGGAAAAUAUGGGCGAAAAGCGACGCGGGCGCCGGUGGGGCCAAGAUGAAGCUGACCUUAGGGCCGCAUGGCAUCCGCAUGGCACCGGGCGAGAAGGGCGCCCGGCGGUUGGGCCACGCGUACCUGCUGCACCGCAUCACCUAUUGCACAGCCGACCGCCGGCACCCAAAGGUCUUCGCGUGGGUGUACCGGCACCAGGUGAAGAACAAAGCGGUGGUGCUGCGCUGUCACGCCGUCCUCGUCCCCAAAGCCGCCACCGCGCGUGCCAUGGCCCUGCUCCUCUUCCAGACCUCCGCUUCAGCCUUUGAUGAAUUCAAGAGGCUCAAAAGGCAGAACGACGGCCGUCGCCUCCAGCAGCAGCUCCUGGGUGAAGCCAUCGUCCCCUUGGUCCCCCUGCGCAGGCUGCUCAAUGCCAAGUGUCCCUACCGCCCGCCGGCCGAGCGCACCCGCUGUGCCCCGCGGCUCAGCUCCAUCCUGGAGGAGGACGAGGAGGAGACAGGGGGCACGUGGGGGGACGGGGGUCCCACCGUGGUCUCUUUGGCCAGUGAGAUGCGGGGGUGCAGCUUGCGUGGCCCACGGGCCCCCAUAUGCUGAGCAUCUCCAUUGGCAUCCACUGCUUUGGCCACGCCGGGUGCCCUCGGGACACAGCUGGACAAUAGGGCUACGUCCCUUGCUCUCAAGGGGGGGACACCGGGAUCCCCCCAUUCCUCUCCUGGAAAUAAACCCUAUCUGUGUUUUCUGCCUGUGACAGCGCCUGUCUCUCACCAGCCUGGAAGACUCGCGAUGGUUUGUUGCUUUUCUAUUUGUAUUUACACAUUUUUUACCCUUCUCAGGGUAAAAUUUCCACCCUUGUGGGGGGGCUUUCUGCACCUUCCAUGCCAUUCCGCAUC